AUGAACAGCGGCAUGGAGCACUUGUCCGUCACGACGGCCAGCAUUGGCCUCUUGGCUGUCGGCGGCAAGAUCCUCGACAUGCUGCUGGAAUUGAACGCUGUUCUGGCUCCAAGCACGACCCUUCUAAACGAAGCAAUGUUGGAAUCAAAGCAAUGCCGUUCUUCUGCUCAUAUAUUAUACAAAACUCUCUGUCUACUCGAAUCCGCGCGUCUGCCUUUCCCGGAGCGCAGCACGUGGAUUCAAGCUGAUGAUGUCGUCGUUACCAUGGCUGACAUCGUCUUGGCUUUUUCGGAGCUGCAAGAUGUGUGCUACGCUAUCGAGAACCUACUUUCAGCCUCAACCGCGCACCAGAUAAUUUGCGAGAAGUUCGACCCUAAGCUGCGCAGUCUGUGCGCGCGCAUCCGCUGGCACAACCUCUCCAUGACUAUGAUGACGACCGUUCUUCAAUGCCCUGGUCUGGUCGACGCCGAAAACAGUCGGGCGAGCUUGGAAAAGCGCAUUAGUCGCUUGCUUUCCUCCAACUCCGAACUCGCCAACCGUAUGCGAACACUGAUUGAUGUAUUUGCCAACAUUCACGGGCCUGCCGGGUCUCUCGUUAACUAUCGCCUGGCUGCACAGCAACCGCCUUUGGAGGAGCAAGUUGCGCCGUCGUCCAGCUCACAGGGCUCCGCACGACGCAGAACGUGGUCGACGCUCUCCGGCUAUACCUUGGCCGACAUGCCUAUUAUGUCCGUUAUUCCAAUACCUGUUACCACUGGCGAGCUGCUUGAUGGCGAUAAUUAUUACACGUUCGAGUUUGCGCGCCGGGUCAGCCACGACUUGAGUGAGCUCAUGAAGGCCGAAGCCGGCCAAGGAACGAGUCGGUCGCUGGGGUUUAUCCUGGGAAAGCCUACAAACUUUACGCACUACAGCAUUAGCACCAACGAGAGCAAGGCCGCCUCAGAACCGAUAAUGCCCUCGACUAACCCAACUGUCGUUGUCCCUCAGCCGCGAAAGAAGAAGCGGUGGCGGUGA